GCAACAUUUGUAGAAGCCCAAUGGCCGAGGCGGUUUUUUCACAUAAAGUGACCGCCAGUAAUCUUCAAAACAGGUUCAUCAUUGAUAGCGCUGGAACUGCUGGAUAUCAUGUCGGUGAAAAUCCAGACAGACGAACAAUUCAGGCGUGCCAGAGGCAUGGUGUACCCAUAAAUCAUAUUGCGAGAGAGGUGGUGGAAGAAGAUUUUUGCACCUUCGACUAUAUGCUAUGCAUGGAUAAUUCCAAUCUAGAAAACUUGCAGGAAAUGAAGUCCAGGAUUCCAGGAUCGAUAGCCAUCGUAAAAUUGUUCGGUGAUUAUGAUCCGCUUGGCGAAAGAAUUAUUAGAGAUCCAUAUUAUGGUGGCAAUGAAUCAUUUGAAAGAAACUUUCAACAAGUAUCCCGAUGUUCUGAAGCUUUUCUGCAGAGCUUAGGAUUAGAAUGA